CUAAAUAUCUUGGUUUUAAUAUAUUUCUUAAACCAAAAUAUCAAUUUUGGCAUGUUUGAAAAGGUGCUUGUUUAUGAAGCUGUCCAACGGAAGGAUAAUUCUAAUUUUGACUAGUUAUAAGAAGCUUGUCUGCAGCAAUGGCAUGACAAUGCAACGUGAUUGUGUUCCAGACGACAUCACCACAACUGCAGAUGGCGUUGACACUUAUCACCUGGUCAAAGGUGCCGGCAGAUACAAAGAGGUGCAGCGCACAGCCGGUGUAUCCACAACUGACGUGGUGGGUCGCAUGUUGCUGAUGACGAGACAGCACUUCCGCAGAGGUGCGCAGGAGUACGAGGUGGGGCGAGAGCCGUCGUCUGCGCUGGGAUUGGAUGCAACUGCACGGUCUCCGUGGACUAAAUGCUCCCAGUUCCUCCCCACGACGCAGAAGAUAAUACAGUUCAGCGAAGGCAAAGAGCCUAAGGUAUACUUCCUCCCCCUCACACCACCCCGUCCUGCUUCUCUUCUUCGGCUGAAGCCGGGCGACAAGAUAGUCUACGUCGCGGGAGCGUUUGACCUGUUUCAUGUCGGCCAUCUCGACUUUCUGCAGCAAGCCGCAGCACAGGGAGACUUCUUGAUAGUGGGUCUCCACACAGAUCCUGUAGUCAAUCGGUACAAGGGCAGCAACUACCCCAUCAUGAACCUGCACGAGAGGGUGCUCAGCGUAUUGGCAUGUAAGUACGUGUCGGAGGUGGUGAUCGGGGCACCAUAUACAGUGACUGAGGAACUGAUGAAACACUUCCAUGUUGAUUUGGUGUGUCACGGUCAGACACCCAUCAUGGCUGAUGAGGACGGUUCUGACCCGUACAGCGUGCCUAAAAAGCUAGAGGCCUUCCUAUCCUUGGACUCUCACAACCCUAUGACAACAGAGAAGAUAGUGGACAGAAUCAUCCGACACAAGCUUGAAUUUGAAGAGAGAAACAGAAAGAAAGAAGCUAAAGAACUGAAAGUUCUAGAAGCCUUGUCAAAAGUGAAGAUCAUUGGGAACUCAUAGCGACUCUGCACCCUUGCUCCUUCAUUCAUUACCAAAGAUCCAUUCCAUUAUGUAGAUAGGUAAUCUUCAGGUUUGUUGAUCUCACUACAGAGACAAGCAACACUGUGUUAUACUUUAUUUACAAAUUUAAAUGAGCUACUAGCUGUUAUUGAAAUUAUAUUUUUUAUUGAUUUGCAAAGAAUUAUUGUUAAAUAAUAUUUAAUAUAUUUUGUGCCAAAUUUAAUUUUUUUAAUCUAUAGCUUAUUCAACUAGUUUUAUGAAAUGGUCAUUGAUAGAACGAAAGAAUUAUUUACACUGUAUUUAUGUGGCUAUAUAGGCAAUCUUUUAUUUAACAUUUAUCCUGGUUUAAAUUCAACUUAUGUGGUUUAGUGUGUUAUUAUAAGUGGGCAUUGCAAUUCUUAUUUAUUAUGUAUGCAUUGUUGUAAAUAUUGAGUUUUAAUGAAUUAUAUUCUUUGUUCAAAUAUUAGUUUUUGUGUAAAAUUUGAUAUAAUUUUUAUUUAUUAUUAAGUGAUUUUUAUGGUUUAUUUAUUUUAUACAUAAUAUCAAUUCUUAGUUUAAACUAUAUAAUCGUUCAAACUUUGAUCUUAUAAUGCAUUUGUUUUUGUUAUUAAACAAAAUAUUAAAUUAAGAG